AUGACGUGCGUGGUCACUGAGUUUGAUUGCGGGCACGCAGGUGCAAUCCUCGACACCCAGCUUGAUGACUUGUGCUUGAGAUUGGCCACAGCGUCCUCCGACGGCUUGGUGAAGCUGUGGAAUGUUGAAAAUGCCGAGGACCCCAGCUUGAUCUGUGAUCUGGCUGCCCAUGCUGGUGCCGUGAACCAGGUGUCUUGGGCCCCUGUUGGAACGGGUGCUGGUGCCCUGCUGGUUUCUGCUGGCGCUGAUGGCCGUGUCUUUCUCUGGGGCCCUUGCCAAGACCUGCAGAGGUGGCAAGUUGUUCACGAAGAGGACCUCAGCAGACAUGGUGAGGUCACAGCUGUAUCCUGGGCUCCGCUUGGCAUGGGUGCAGCCUAUGCAUGUGCGUUGUCAGACGGCAACAUCUCCGUGACCAUUCACCAGGGAACAGUACGUUCAGGUGAGACAGAUGUUUCACAUAGAUGGCAAUCUGAGACUUUUGCCGUGCACAAGGGCAAGGUGAAUGCUGUGUCAUGGUCCACAGCGGUGGACCCCCACAAGAAAGGGAGCCUCGCAGGAGCUUGCCUGGCCACUGCAGGGGAGGAUGGCCUGCGCGUAUGGCACAUCCAGGAGGUUCAUGGCCGCGUGCGGGAGGAGGAGCUCGAGCACUCCGAGCUGAAGGAGCCGGUCCGUGAUGUGGCCUGGAAACCGUGGGACGGCUGCGGCGAUGUGCUCGCGUUUGCAAAGGGAAAGCAGGUCGGCUUCCUUCGACAUGAGUCCGACUCUUCGGGGUGGACAUUGGAGCAGCCGGUUAAGCUCGACGAGGAGGUUUGGAAGCUCGAGUGGCAGCCCAUGGGAAGCCAGCUGGUGGCUACCUGCGGCGAGAAGGAAUAUCGGAGCCUGCUCCUGAAGCAGCAACUUUGCGGUAAAUGGGAUGUCAUCGACGUCAGCGGAGCGACUGCGUGA